AAGGAAGCUAUAGCCCACGAAGAUUUUAUUAAAUAUAUAAAUAUGUGAAUAUAUGAAAUAGUCUAAAGUUUCUUUAAUUAAAAAAUUAAAUAUUCUGUAACACCUUUAAAAUGGCUGAAAAUGUACAAACAAGCUGUGGCUCUGGAACCGAGAACAAAGAUGAGGAAGUGGAGCCAAAAUUUAAGUACCAACGCCUUGCUAACGAUUUAAAAAAUAUACUUAACACUGAUGUUGUCACUUGCGCAGCUGUGCAUUAUAAGUUUCUUAUACUUGGCACUUUUCGAGGACGCGUCCACUUGUUGGAUCACCAAGGAAACUCUGUCAACUCGAAUCUGAGCAACACAGAACAUCACAACCAUCAAGUAGCAGUUAACCAGAUUGAUGUGGAUACCAAGGGCGAGUUUGUGGCCACAUGCUCAGACGACGGAAAAGUAAACAUAACGGGUUUGUUCAGCUGUGAGAACAAUCAGAAUCUAAGUUUCGGAAAAUUUAUAAAAGCUGUGGCCAUGGACCCCGAUUUUACAACUCACACUAGACGAUUCAUUGUAGGUGAAAAUAAACUCAUAUUGUACGAACGAAAUCUUCUAAAGAAGCUUAAACCAAUUGAGCUUAGCUCAGUCGAAGGCAAUGUUUUAACCAUUUGCUGGCAUGGAAUCUUUGUUGCCUGGGCUAGUCACCUAGGAGUCCGUGUGUAUGAUUUAAAUCAAAAAUGUUCGCUUGGAUUAAUGAAAUGGGAGGUACCUUCCCAAGAGCGGCUAGAACACUUUCGCUGCCACAUGCGAUGGUCAAACAAGCAUACUCUGUUAAUCGGCUGGGUAGACACUAUACGAAUUUGUGUUAUUCGGAAAAGAAAUUUAGCUGAAGCUUCUUGUAGCAAUCUUCCGGGUUACAUUGUUGAUCCAGUCUCGACAUUACAAACUACUUUUUACAUCUGUGGACUUGCCCCUCUGACCGCCAGCCAAUUAGUAGUGCUUGGCUAUCGCAAAGAAAGAAGCGCAUAUUUUAAAGCUUUACGUCCCGUGCUUUGCGUUAUUGAGUACAAAAUGAACAGCAGUGAGGAGAUCUGCACAGACAGUUUGACGUUGCGUGGAUAUGAGGAGUACACCGUAAACGAUUAUAGCUUGGGUUGUAUAAUCGAGGAGAAUCGUUUUUAUAUUGUGGCCCCUAAGGACAUUGUAGUAGCUAGUCUUAUUGAAACUGACGACCGGAUAGAAUGGUUAAUUAAGCACAGAACUAAAUUCUCAGACAAAUUGGACAGACAAAAUUGGAAAUUUUACUUGAUAAGAUUCCCGCUAACUUUGAAAGUACUAGUGCUUCCAUUGUUAAAUCCUUCUGGCAAUUAUUGCUUUUUAUUGAAAGCGUUACCUUGUGCCUCAAUAUGCACUUUCCUGUGGAAGACACUCCACUGAUCUCCGAUUAAGAUCAAAUUUUCGGUAAUUUU